AUGCAGGAGGGGGGAGUCCGAGUUGGGCGGGAGGAGAGGGCCAAUUCUGUAUUUUUUAAGCUAACAACACAGAUCCCAUGUAGUUGGAGAACCAAAGGCCUCAUACAUGACAAAAAGACUGAACCGUUCAGGUUACUUGCAUGGAGUUGGUGCUUAAAUGAUGAGCAGUUCUUAGGUUUUGGCUCAGAUGAAGAAGUCAGAGUACGAAGUCCCACCAGGUCUCCUUCAGCUAAGAGUAGCCCUCGGAAACCUCGCGGCCGGCCUCGCAGCGGCUCCGACCGGACCCCGCUCCUCCCAGACCCGCCCGCCUUCCCCCCGCUCAGUAAACCAGAGACCAGACCUGGGGAUAAGAUCAAGAAGAAAGACUCUAAAAGCUUAGAAAAGAAGCGAGGAAGACCUCCCACCUUCCCUGGAGUAAAAAUCAAAAUCACGCAUGGAAAGGACAUUGCCGAGUUACCAAAGGGCAGCAAAGACGACAGCCUGAAAAAGCUCAAACGGACCCCGUCCGCCACGUUCCAGCAAGCCACCAAGAUCAAAAAGUUACGAGCCGGCAAGCUCUCCCCGCUCAAGUCCAAGUUUAAGGCCGGGAAGCUGCAGAUCGGAAGGAAGGGGGUGCAGAUCGUCCGGCGGCGCGGGAGGCCGCCCUCCGCCGAGAGGGUCAAGGCCCCGGCCGGCCUCCUCCUCAACUCGCACCUGGACAAGCCCCAGAAGGUGCGCAGGGACGCGGACGCGGCCCCGGCCCUCGCCAAGGAAGACAAGGCGGUGGUCAGACAGAGCCCGCGGCGGGUGAAGCCCGUCAGGAUCAUCCCUUCCUCCAAAAGGACGGACGCCACCAUCGCCAAGCAGCUCCUGCAGCGGGCGAAGAAGGGGGCGCAGAAGAAGAUCGAGAAGGAGGCGGCCCAGCUGCAGGGCCGGAAGGUGAAGACGCAGGUCAAGAACAUCCGGCAGUUCAUCAUGCCCGUGGUCAGCGCCAUCUCCUCGCGGAUCAUCAAAACCCCCCGCCGCUUCAUCGAGGACGAGGACUACGACCCGCCCAUCAAGAUCGCGCGCCUGGAGCCCGCGCCCAGCAGCCGCUUCGGCGCCGCCUCCUGCGGGUCCUCCGAGAAGUCGAGCGCCGCCUCGCAGCACUCCUCGCAGCUGUCCUCCGACUCGUCGCGCUCCAGCAGCCCCAGCGUGGACACCUCCACCGACUCCCAGGCCUCCGAGGAGAUCCAGGGGCUCCCCGAGGAGCAGAGCGACGCCCCCGAAGCGCACGCCCCGCUGCCUGUUGCCCAGUCCCCGGAAAGCGACCGGAACGACCGGAGAGGCAGGAGGUACUCUGUGUCCGAGAGGGAGCCGGCCCGCGAGCGGGACGCCGACAAGAGCGCGGAGAAGGACAAGAGCCGAGAGCGGGACCGCGAGCGGGAGAAGGAGAACAAGCGCGAGUCCCGCAAAGAGAAGCGGAAGAAGGGGUCCGAGCCCCAGGGCAGCUCCGCCUUGUACCCCGCGGGCAGGGUUUCCAAAGAGAAGGCGGGCGCGGAGGAGGGGGCCGCGCCGUCCUCUGCCAAGAAGGUCACGGGGCGGAAGAAGUCUUCGUCCCUCGAUUCUGGGCCCGAGCGCUGGACAAGGAGAAGGCGCCCUGCCCGCCCGCGCCCGCGCCCGGCGUGA